AAACGCUAUAAAACGCGGCGGCGCGGCGGGCAGCUCAGACCGUGCGGCGGGACGGAGCUCUCCUCUUCUUCCAUUUCGUCCCCUUCGCCCUCCGUUCUCCCUCGCCGCACCCCGACAGCCGUUCUCUCGGCAGCCGCGCAGCGGGACAGGGCGCCGUCCCCAUAGAGCAGCGGAGCGCCCUUCCGAGCAGCCCCAUCGACGGACUCGCGGCUCCGUGGCGGUCAUGGAGCACCGCGGCGCCUCCCCGCUCCUCCUCGCCCUCGCCCUCCUCAGCGCCCUCUGCUGGCGGGCGCGAGCGCUGCCCCCUCGGGGUGCCACCUUCCCUGCUGUGCCGCGACUGGGAAACAGACUGCCCUUUGAUGCAGCCAGUGAAUCUGACCGCGCCCAUGGGUCCUUAAAGUCUGAAUCAGACAUUUUGCAGAACACACUACCUGAAAAUGAGAAAUUCUAUUUUGAUUUGUCCAGAAUUAUUGAUAGAAAUGCAAGGCAUGCUGAUGGAAUUUUCACCAGUGUCUACAGCCAUCUUUUGGCUAAACUUGCUGUGAAGAGAUAUCUGCAUUCGCUUAUUAGAAAACGAGUUAGCUCCCAGGACAGUCCUGUCAAACGCCACUCUGAUGCUGUCUUCACUGACAACUACAGCCGCUUUCGAAAGCAAAUGGCUGUGAAGAAAUACUUAAACUCAGUUUUAACUGGAAAACGAAGCCAGGAAGAGUUAAAUCCAGCCAAACUUCGAGAUGAAGCAGAAAUUCUUGAACCUUCCUUUUCAGAAAACUAUGAUGAUGUUUCUGUAGAUGAACUGCUGAGCCACCUCCCAUUGGACCUCUGAAGGACACCUAGCAAAGACUUCAACAAGAACAAGUUAUUUUUGAGUUCCACAUAGUAUUUCAAAGAGAUGACUUUAGUCAUCACACCAGAACAAAUUAUGUUGUGAAGUGAAAGUUGUGAUAUAUUUGUUUCUUAUGUAAUAAAAGUUGUUAUUUACAUUGUAAAUACUAUUCUAGAGUUCUCUACUGAAAGCUGUACAUAUGGAUGCCAGUUAAACAAAUGAGAAGUCUGUAAGUCCAUAUGCUGUAAAUCCUUUACUUCAAUAAAUUCAUUUGAAAAUGAG